CCGCCCCCAUUAAAACUCUUAUAUCCAAACGCAAACAUAACGAACCAUUAAAGAUAAACAGUCUGAAGCUUACACUAAACGUGGACAUGGAGGUAUGAGGUAUGAAACCCAUCCACAGUGAACCGAUCGAUCGUUCAGCGUCAAUGAUAUGAAAUGUGUUGUGGGAUAAGUGACACUUAGAUACUUAGUGAAAGUGAGCAGUGAAAGUGAGCAGAAGAGUUGAUUAAUCCGCCGGAGAAAAAUCAUGGCAAACAGCGUCACUCAAGAGUACAUGCAGAUCCCAGCCGUCACGAGAGCUUAUACCACUGCAUGCGUCCUGACCACUGCAGCUGUGCAAAUGGAGUUCAUCACACCGUUUCAACUCUAUUUUAACCCUGACUUGAUAUUAAAGAAAUACCAGGUAUGGCGACUGAUCACAAACUUCUUGUUUUUUGGACCUCUUGGAUUCAGCUUCUUGUUCAAUAUGAUUUUUCUAUAUCGUUACUGUCGAAUGCUGGAGGAAGGCUCCUUCCGCGGUCGAACCGCAGAUAUGGUCUAUAUGUUCCUGUUCGGUGGUAUUCUUAUGACUCUGUUUGGUCUAUAUGCCAACCUGUUCUUUUUAGGGCAGGCUUUCACUAUAAUGCUGGUUUAUGUCUGGAGUAGAAGGAACCCUUAUGUCCGCAUGAACUUCUUUGGCCUGCUCAACUUCCAGGCCCCGUUCCUUCCCUGGGUGCUCAUGGGAUUCUCGCUGUUACUGGGCAACUCCAUUGUUAUUGAUCUCCUGGGGAUAGUUGUAGGACACAUCUACUACUUCCUGGAGGAUGUAUUUCCUAACCAGCCAGGAGGCAGAAAGCUUCUUGCCACUCCUGGAAUUUUUCGAGUUUUGUUUGACAUGCCUCAAGAAGAUCCGAAUUACGCUCCUCUUCCGGAAGACCAGAGUGGGAUAUCCUGGAAUGGACAAGGUGUAGAAGAUGCUGGCCAAGGUCAAAAUGAUGAGGAUCUUCAAGGAGAAGACAACUGAAGGUUUCAAAGAUCGCAAUAAAUCUUGUCAUGCUUUUAAAGUC